UCAUUAUACAUGCAUUUAAACACACUGUAUAGAGAACAGGAGAAUGUAAAGCUCACUGUACAGCUGCUAUAGACUGAUAGGUUCAUGAUGUAAGCAACCAAUAACAGGCAUUCAUAUUUUGUAAGGAUAAUUUCAGCGACGUAUGGAAAGCCUACAGCUUAAAACAUGUUUGUCUCCAAAAGUUCAUUUUUUAAUCACAAAAGUUGGCAGAAGUAGAAAUGAAGCGAAAGGUGCGAGGGCAACUAGCAUAACGCCAGACGGUUUCAUCAUUUGGGAUGAAGCUUGCAUUUGUCUACCAGAAACAUCACCUUCAGAUGAGUAUGAUUACUUCAUGGCUUGUGUCCAGUCUCUGUCACCUGUGUUCUUUGAAGCAGAAGAAAUACUGCUCUCUAAUCACUGGCAGGAGAUCUGGAUCAAACAUAAACCACACCUCAGCUGGAUACCAGAGGAUCAUCAACAGGCUGUAGAAGAUUCACUUAAGUAUUUAACAUCUACAAAUGAAUCACACCACAUCCUGGGUUUACAGUUGGUUUGCUCUGUUCUGGAGAGAGCGCUAGGUGAUGUUUUUGAGUAUGUAAGUUCCCUGCACUGUCCCUCUCUCCUCAAAGACAUUCUGAAUUCAGGGGAAAUAACUCAGGUGUUUGGAAGAAAUGUGAUCCAAAUUUUACGAGUUGUGAUGGGUCCCCCAACUUCUCUUAACCUGAGAAAUAUUGUGUGGCAUGGAUUUCCUAAUGUUGGGGAGAUACCAAAGAGAUAUGGAUGUUUCCUGUACCUCACCCUGCCUAGUUUUGGUAAACUCCUGGAGGAGAGGGGUCAACACGUACAGGUCCAUAGACAGCUAAUGCAGUUCAAAUUAGAUCCAAAGUUUACCUCUCAUGCUCUAGACAUAAGAAACAAAUUGCCCUUGGUGAAGGAGUUAGUGGAAAUGACUCCGGACAUCCAUGGCCGACAGCAUUUGAUACAGUGCUCCUUAGAAUUAAUGGCUGAAAAACAAUAUUUCUAUGCCACCAUUUUGUUGCUGCCUCAACUGGAGCACAUUCUAAGGCUGGUAUUUACCAAAGAAAAUGGCUGCUCAGAAAGACUGCUUACAGCCGAGUACACUACACUCUAUACUACAUUUGAUGAGAUAUUUGAUAAACAUUUACCUAAUGGAGAAAGGAACAGACUUCCAGAAACACUUGGAGAAAAUCUCAUGGAAAGUACUGUUUUUAGUGAACCCCAAACCAGAGAAUGGAUGACAAUUUAA